AUGCUCAGCUUUGUGGAUACGCGGACUUUGUUGCUGCUCGCAGUAACUUCAUGCUUAGCAACAUGCCAAUCUUUACAACAGGCAACUGCAAGAAAGGGCCCAACUGGAGAUAGAGGACCACGUGGAGACAAGGGUCCAGAUGGCCCACCAGGCAGAGAUGGUGAAGAUGGCAUCCCAGGCCCUCCUGGUCCACCUGGUCCUCCUGGCCCCCCUGGUCUCGGUGGGAACUUUGCUGCUCAGUAUGAUGGAAAAGGUGUUGGACUUGGCCCUGGACCAAUGGGUUUAAUGGGACCUAGAGGCCCUCCAGGUGCAGUUGGACCCCCUGGCCCUCCAGGUUUCCAAGGACCUGCUGGUGAGCCUGGUGAACCUGGUCAAACUGGUCCUGCAGGUUCUCGUGGUCCCGCUGGCCCUCCUGGCAAGGCUGGUGAGGAUGGUCACCCUGGAAAACCUGGACGACCUGGUGAGAGAGGAGUUGUUGGGCCACAGGGUGCUCGUGGUUUCCCUGGAACCCCUGGACUGCCUGGCUUCAAGGGCAUUCAGGGACACAAUGGUCUGGAUGGAUUAAAAGGACAGCCUGGUGCUCCAGGUGUGAAGGGUGAACCUGGUGCUCCUGGUGAAAAUGGAACUCCAGGCCAAGCAGGAGCCCGUGGGCUUCCUGGUGAGAGAGGACGUGUCGGUGGCACUGGUCCAGCUGGUGCCCGUGGAAGUGAUGGAAGCGUGGGUCCCGUGGGUCCUGCUGGCCCCAUUGGUUCUGCUGGUCCUCCAGGCUUCCCUGGUGCUCCUGGUCCCAAGGGUGAACUUGGACCUGUUGGUAACCCUGGUCCUUCUGGACCUGCGGGCCCUCGUGGUGAAAUGGGUCUUCCAGGUGUUACUGGCCCCAUUGGACCUCCUGGUAACCCUGGAGCCAAUGGCCUUUCUGGUGCUAAGGGUGCUGCUGGCCUGCCUGGUGUUGCUGGGGCUCCUGGUCUCCCUGGACCCCGUGGUAUUCCUGGCCCUGUUGGUGCUGCUGGUGCUACUGGUGCCAGAGGACUUGUUGGUGAGCCUGGUCCAGCUGGUUCCAAAGGAGAGAGUGGUAACAAGGGUGAACCUGGCUCUGCUGGUCCCCAAGGUCCCCCUGGUCCCAGUGGUGAAGAAGGAAAGAGAGGCCCCAAUGGUGAACCUGGAUCUGCUGGUCCUGUCGGGCCUCCCGGGCUGAGGGGUAGUCCUGGUUCUCGUGGUCUUCCUGGAGCUGAUGGCAGAGCUGGUGUCAUGGGCCCUCCUGGUAGUCGUGGUUCAAGUGGCCCUGCUGGUGUCCGAGGCCCCAGUGGAGAUUCUGGUCGCCCUGGGGAACCUGGUCUUAUGGGACCCCGAGGUCUUCCUGGUUCCCCUGGAAAUGUUGGCCCAGCUGGCAAAGAAGGUCCUGUGGGUCUCCCUGGUAUUGAUGGCAGGCCUGGCCCAGUUGGCCCUGCUGGAGCAAGAGGAGAGCCUGGUAACAUUGGAUUCCCCGGACCCAAAGGCCCCACUGGUGACCCUGGCAAAAUUGGUGAGAAAGGUCAUGUCGGCCUUGCUGGCCCUCGGGGUGCUCCAGGUCCUGAUGGAAACAAUGGUGCUCAGGGACCUCCUGGACCACAGGGUAUCCAAGGUGGAAAAGGUGAACAGGGUCCUGCUGGUCCUCCAGGCUUCCAGGGUCUGCCUGGGCCCUCAGGUACAGCUGGUGAAGUUGGCAAACCAGGAGAAAGAGGUCUUCAUGGUGACUUUGGUCUCCCUGGUCCUGCUGGUCCAAGAGGGGAGCGUGGUCUCCCAGGUCAGAGUGGUGCUGCUGGUCCUACUGGUCCUAUUGGAAGCCGUGGUCCUUCUGGGCCCCCAGGGCCUGAUGGAAACAAGGGUGAACCUGGUGUAGUUGGUGCUCCAGGCACUGCUGGUCCAUCUGGUCCUAGUGGACUCCCAGGAGAGAGGGGUGCUGCUGGCAUACCUGGAGGCAAGGGAGAAAAGGGUGAGACUGGUCUCAGAGGUGAUACUGGCAACACUGGUAGAGAUGGUGCUCGUGGUGCUCCUGGUGCUAUAGGUGCCCCGGGUCCUGCUGGAGCCACUGGUGACCGGGGUGAAGCUGGUCCUGCUGGUCUUGCUGGUCCUGCUGGUCCUCGUGGUAGCCCUGGUGAACGUGGUGAGGUUGGUCCUGCUGGCCCUAAUGGAUUUGCUGGUCCUGCUGGUGCUGCUGGUCAACCUGGUGCUAAAGGAGAAAGAGGAACCAAAGGUCCAAAGGGUGAAAAUGGCCCUGUUGGCCCCACUGGCCCCAUUGGAUCUGCUGGUCCAGCUGGUCCAAAUGGUCCCCCUGGUCCUGCUGGAAGUCGUGGUGAUGGUGGCCCCCCUGGUGUUACUGGUUUCCCUGGUGCCGCAGGACGGACCGGUCCUCCUGGGCCUUCUGGUAUUACUGGCCCUCCUGGUCCCCCUGGCGCUGCUGGUAAAGAAGGUCUUCGUGGUCCUCGUGGUGACCAAGGGCCAGUUGGCCGAACCGGAGAAACAGGUGCAUCUGGCCCCCCUGGCUUUACUGGUGAGAAAGGUCCCUCUGGAGAGCCUGGUACUGCUGGACCUCCUGGCUCCCCUGGACCCCAAGGUCUCCUUGGUGCGCCUGGUAUUCUGGGUCUCCCAGGCUCUAGAGGUGAACGUGGUCUACCAGGUGUUGCCGGAGCUGUGGGUGAACCUGGUCCUCUUGGCAUCGCAGGCCCUUCUGGUGCUCGUGGUCCCCCUGGUGGUGUGGGUAGCCCUGGCGUCAAUGGUGCUCCUGGUGAAGCUGGUCGUGAUGGCAACCCUGGCAGUGAUGGUCCUCCAGGCCGUGAUGGUCUUCCUGGACACAAGGGAGAACGUGGUUACCCUGGCAAUGCCGGUCCAGUUGGCACUGCAGGUGCACCUGGUCCUCAAGGCUCCGUGGGUCCUGCUGGCAAACAUGGAAACCGUGGUGAACCUGGUCCUGCUGGUUCUGUUGGUCCCGUUGGUCCUGUUGGUCCAAGAGGCCCUAAUGGCCCAUUAGGUCCCCGAGGUGAUAAGGGAGAGCCUGGUGACAAGGGGCCCAGAGGUCUUCCUGGUCUUAAGGGACACAAUGGAUUGCAGGGUCUUCCCGGUCUUGCUGGUCAACAUGGCGAUCAAGGUUCUCCUGGAACUGUGGGUCCCGCUGGUCCUAGGGGCCCUGCUGGUCCCUCUGGCCCUGCUGGCAAAGAUGGUCGCAGUGGACAUCCUGGUGCAGUUGGACCUGCUGGCGUCCGUGGAUCUCAGGGUAGCCAAGGUCCUGUUGGUCCCCCUGGUCCCCCUGGUCCUCCUGGACCUCCUGGUGUAAGCGGUGGUGGUUAUGACUUCGGUUAUGAUGGAGACUUCUACAGGGCUGACCAGCCUCGCUCACAGCCUUCUCUCAGACCCAAGGAUUAUGAAGUUGAUGCUACUCUGAAAUCCCUCAACAACCAGAUUGAGACCCUUCUUACUCCUGAAGGCUCUAAGAAGAACCCAGCUCGCACUUGCCGUGACUUAAGACUCAGCCACCCAGAGUGGAGCAGCGGCUACUACUGGAUUGACCCUAACCAAGGAUGCACUAUGGAUGCUAUCAAAGUAUACUGUGAUUUCUCUACGGGUGAAACCUGCAUCCGAGCCCAACCUGAAAACAUUCCAGUCAAGAACUUGUACAGGAGCUCAAAGGCUAAGAAGCACGUCUGGUUAGGAGAAACCAUCAAUGGUGGUACCCAGAUUGAAUAUAAUGAAGAAGGAGUGACACCCAAAGAAAUGGCCACUCAACUUGCCUUCAUGCGCUUGCUGGCCAACCAUGCUUCUCAAAACAUCACCUACCACUGCAAGAACAGCAUUGCUUACAUGGAUGAGGAGACUGGCAGCCUGAAAAAGGCCCUCAUUCUGCAGGGUUCUAAUGAUGUUGAACUUGUUGCUGAGGGCAACAGCAGAUUCACUUACACUGUUCUUGUAGAUGGCUGCUCCAGAAAGACAAAUGAAUGGGGAAAGACAAUCAUCGAAUACAAAACAAAUAAGCCAUCUCGUCUGCCUAUCCUUGAUAUUGCACCUUGGGACAUCGGUGGUGCGGACCAAGAAUUUAUUGUGGACGUUGGCCCAGUCUGUUACAAAUAA